UCGCAAUCAAUAAUUCUAAGGAAGAAGAUACUUACAAACCUUAUAAAUCAAGAACAAAGAGAAUGCAAAUUUUCGUCAAGACCCUCACCGGGAAGACUAUUACGCUUGAGGUCGAGGCCAGCGAUAGCAUCGAGAAUGUUAAGGCUAAGAUUCAGGACAAGGAAGGAAUUCCUCCAGAUCAGCAGAGAUUGAUCUUCGCUGGAAAGCAGCUGGAGGAUGGAAGAACUCUGUCGGAUUAUAAUAUUCAGAAGGAAUCUACUCUUCACCUUGUUCUCAGGCUUAGAGGAGGUAUGCAAAUCUUUGUCAAGACCUUGACCGGAAAGACAAUCACCCUGGAGGUCGAGGCUAGUGACAGCAUUGAGAACGUUAAGGCCAAGAUCCAGGACAAGGAAGGAAUUCCUCCAGAUCAGCAGAGAUUGAUCUUCGCUGGAAAGCAGCUGGAGGAUGGAAGAACUCUGUCCGAUUACAACAUACAGAAGGAAUCUACUCUUCAUCUGGUUCUCAGGCUCAGGGGAGGUAUGCAGAUAUUUGUCAAGACCUUGACCGGCAAAACCAUUACCUUGGAGGUCGAGGCUAGUGAUAGCAUCGAGAAUGUCAAAGCUAAAAUUCAGGACAAAGAAGGAAUUCCCCCAGAUCAGCAGAGAUUGAUCUUCGCUGGAAAGCAGCUGGAGGAUGGAAGAACUCUGUCCGACUACAAUAUUCAGAAGGAAUCAACUCUUCAUCUGGUUCUCAGGCUUAGAGGAGGUAUGCAGAUCUUUGUCAAGACCUUGACCGGUAAAACCAUUACCUUGGAGGUCGAGGCUAGUGAUAGCAUCGAGAAUGUCAAAGCUAAAAUUCAGGACAAGGAAGGAAUUCCUCCAGAUCAGCAGAGAUUGAUCUUCGCUGGAAAGCAGCUGGAGGAUGGAAGAACUCUGUCCGAUUACAAUAUCCAGAAGGAAUCUACUCUUCAUCUGGUUCUCAGGCUUAGAGGAGGUAUGCAGAUCUUCGUCAAGACCUUGACCGGAAAGACCAUCACCCUGGAGGUCGAGGCUAGUGACAGCAUUGAGAACGUUAAGGCCAAGAUCCAGGACAAGGAAGGAAUUCCCCCAGAUCAGCAGAGAUUGAUCUUCGCUGGAAAGCAGCUGGAGGAUGGAAGAACUCUGUCCGAUUACAAUAUUCAGAAGGAAUCUACUCUUCACCUUGUUCUCAGGCUUAGAGGAGGUAUGCAGAUCUUCGUCAAGACCUUAACCGGUAAAACCAUCACCCUGGAGGUCGAGGCUAGUGAUAGCAUCGAGAACGUUAAGGCCAAGAUUCAGGACAAGGAAGGAAUUCCCCCAGAUCAGCAGAGAUUGAUCUUCGCUGGAAAGCAACUGGAGGAUGGAAGAACUCUGUCCGAUUACAAUAUUCAGAAGGAAUCAACUCUUCAUCUGGUUCUCAGGCUCAGGGGAGGAAAUUAGAUGGCUGCGGCUCAAAAUUCAACAAAAUUUAUCUAUUCGGCUUUAUUACAUGUGACUAAAUUUAUUUCAAUACUUUUUAUUCAAUAAACGUGUAAUAUUUUUA